UUCAAGGUACAUUGCACCAGCACACCUCCAUGUUCUCUGAACUCGGAUAAACACCAUUGUCUUCUUGUCUCAAUAUACACUUAUCCGUUCAUUUGGCCCAUACUCUUUUGGUCUUUAUUUCUAAAUUGUACUUAUUCAUGCUGCCCGGCUCAGGUCACUAUAUAGCUUCAAUUUUGAUCGUGGGAUUGGAGCAUAAGCAGAAAUUGUUUUCUAUGAACAUAUAACGUUGCUAGCUUGGUCUUAAUAGAUUUUAGAUAAAUAAAAAUAUAAAAAGUUGUAUCCUAAUCUUGUAGCCUUUGGUUUUAGUGUGAUCUUUGAAAAUGGUUAAACCCUGCUGGAGGCCUCGUGUCGACGAUGAUGCCAGUGGGAAGGUUGAUGGAUUGUUGUGGUACAAGGACUUGGGGAACCAUCUUUAUGGAGAGUUCUCAAUGGCUGUAAUUCAAGCCAACAAUUCACUGGAAGAUCAAAGCCAGCUUGAAUCAGGGCCUUUGAGCUCUGACAAUUCAGGUCCUCGGGGAACUUUUAUCGGAGUAUACGAUGGACAUGCAGGAACUGAAGCUUCAAGGUUUAUAUGUCACAAUCUUUUCUCCAAUUUCAAGGCAUUUGUCUCUGAGCACCAGGAGGUAUCAGAAAAUGUCCUAAAGAAGGCUUUUUCAGCAACAGAAGAGGACUUCCUCUCUCUUGUGAAACAACAGUGGCUGAAGAGACCCCAGAUAGCAUCAGCGGGAUCUUGUUGUUUAGUGGGAGUGGUGUGCAAUGGACUGUUGUAUAUAGCAAAUGCUGGAGACUCUCGGGUAGUCUUAGGGAGAGCAGAAAGAGGAAGCCGGAGAGUUGCAGCUAUACAAUUAUCUAGGGAGCACAAUGCAAAUAUAGAAUCUGAGAGAAAUGAACUUCGAUCCUUACACCCUGAUGAUCCCCAGAUUGUUGUCCUGAAGCACAAAGUAUGGCGUGUCAAAGGCAUCAUACAGGUUUCAAGAUCCAUUGGGGAUGCCUACCUUAAGAAGGCAGAGUUCAACAGAGAGCCUCUACAAUCCAAGUAUAGAUUGGCUGGACAUUUCCACAAGCCAAUCCUUAGUUCGGAGCCAUCAGUCUUAGUCCAUAAACUCCAACCAGAAGAUCAGUUCCUGGUGUUUGCUUCUGAUGGCUUAUGGGAGCAUCUCAGCAACCAGGAGGCUGUCGAUAUUGUCCAAAAUUUCCCUCGCAAUGGAAUUGCCAAGAGACUGGUUAAAGCUGCACUCAAGGAAGCAGCAAAAAAAAGAGAAAUGAGGUAUUCAGAUAUGGAAAAAAUUGAUAAGGGGGUGAGGAGACAUUUUCAUGAUGACAUCACAGUUAUGGUUGUGUUCAUAGAUUCCCACAUCAUAAAUACAAGUUAUCCAACAUUCUCAAUUCGUGGAGGAAUUCCUAGCCCCAGCUAACUCGUAGUCUGCAAGAUUCACUAUUUCAUCCCUCCAAUUCCAAAGCUAUCUGCAGAUUGUGGUUAGAAUGUUCAAGCAUUGCACUUGGAGAGCCAAGAGUGGGGGGCAGAAAAUUAGACAUGGAAAUGAAGAUUCACAUGCAGGGUGUUAUUGUGUAUAUAUUCAUAUUUAAGUAGAAACUUUCAGAUUCAGGGUGUUAAGCCUGUUUAUCAUAUCAAUUAACCACCAUGAUUGUGGAUGCCAAAUGGAAAUAUUGUAAGAUAAAUGCUUAUAACUUUUUGAAUAUUUAU